AGAAGAACAAAAGAAUAAGCGAAAAGAAGACGAGUUCGACUUUAACACAAAUUGCGUUUCAAUUGUGCGAGAAAUAAUUAAAAUAUAUAAUUUUUGUGAUAUUUACAAAAAAGAAAAACAACAGGAGAAAAUAAAACAAUAUGUCGUACGCAUAUUUAUUCAAAUAUAUUAUCAUUGGCGAUACUGGUGUUGGUAAAUCAUGCCUACUACUUCAAUUCACCGACAAACGCUUCCAACCUGUGCAUGAUUUGACAAUUGGUGUAGAGUUUGGCGCGCGCAUGAUCACAAUCGAUGGCAAACAAAUCAAACUACAAAUUUGGGACACAGCUGGUCAGGAAGCGUUUAGAUCUAUUACACGUUCAUAUUAUCGUGGUGCUGCCGGCGCUUUAUUGGUAUAUGACAUUACACGCCGUGAGACUUUCAAUCAUUUGACCACUUGGUUGGAAGAUGCGCGUCAACAUUCGAAUUCAAAUAUGGUUAUUAUGUUGAUUGGCAAUAAGAGUGACUUGGAUUCACGACGUGAAGUGAAAAAAGAGGAGGGUGAAGCUUUUGCACGCGAACAUGGUCUCGUCUUUAUGGAAACCUCGGCGCGUACAGCAGCCAAUGUCGAAGAGGCAUUCAUUAAUACGGCAAAAGAAAUUUACGAAAAAAUACAAGAGGGCGUUUUCGAUAUAAAUAAUGAGGCAAAUGGCAUUAAGAUAGGACAACAGCAUUCCCCAACAAACCCAUCACUGCCGGGUGCUGGCAAUCAGGCUGGGUCGGCUAGUAGUGGCUGCUGUUAAGUGGCGCUUUACAGCUGCGGCUGGAGUUAGUGAUUUUUUUCUAACACAUAUACAUACAUACAUUACAUAUAAAAAGAAAAUAAGAACUAAUAAGUAAAGCUAAUUAUUUGUUCGUCCUUGGAAGUGUCUAUUAUAUAUAUUUGUUUACUUUUAUUCAGUUUGUCUUUCUUUUACUAGUUUUUUUUUCUUACUUUAAAUCCAACCUAAAAAGUGAAAUGUUUGUAACGGCAAAAUAACCGGCAUUUCAUAUGAUUGAAAUUAAAUUACGUAUAAGAAAUGAAACGAAUCUUAAAUAAAAACAAAUUUCAUAAAUACAAACAUGCAUACAUAUACCUACUACAUAUAUUUGUAGAACAACUGCACGCUAAUAGAAUACCAAAAAACAAUAAAAAAAAAAUAAAAUCAAAUAAA